AUGGCCAGCGACGAUCAGCGGGGGCUCCAUUAUGAACAAACGUUGAUGUAUGGUCGCUACACACAGGAGUUGGGGGCGUAUGCUAAAGAAGAGGCAGCUCGCCUGAGGGAGGAGGAGGUGCGGAGGCCCUCGGUCACAGAACGCUCACACUCCCUGGAACUCCUGGAGAAUGACAAGGGCUGCUGCGCCAAGUGUCGCAUCUGUACGGUGCGCUGUCAGAAGUUCCUCAUCUCUUGUGUUGGUGAAGACUGGAUCUUCCUCAUCCUCCUGGGUCUAUUCAUGGCUCUGCUCAGCUGGCUGGUCGACUUCGGUAUCGGCAUCUGUCUACAAUCACAGAAGUGGAUGUAUGUGAACCUGGAGAGUAAUGUGUUUCUCCAGUACCUGGCCUGGGUCACCUACCCUGUGGUGCUCAUCACCUUCUCAGCUGGCUUCACACAGAUACUGGCCCCACAGGCCGUAGGUUCAGGUAUCCCAGAGAUUAAGACCAUUCUGAGGGGUGUAGUGCUGAAAGAAUACCUCACCUUUAAAACCUUUGUGGCCAAAGUCAUCGGUCUCACGUUUGCCCUGGGCAGUGGCAUGCCUCUGGGCAAGGAGAGUCCGUUUGUUCACAUUGCUAGUCUUGGUGCUGCACUUCUCUGCAAGUUCAUGUCUCUGUUUGGAGGAAUAUAUGAGAAUGAGUCGAGGAACAUUGAGCUGUUGUCAGUUGCCUGUGCUGUGGGGGUGAGCUGUGUUUUCGCUGCCCCUAUUGGAGGUUUGCUGUUCAGUAUUGAGGCAAUGUCUACUUUCUUCACUGUGAGGAACUACUGGAGAGGGUUCUUCGCUGCUACCGUCACUGCCUUCAUGUACAGAGUCCUGGCCGUGUGGAACAGAGACGAGGUGACCAUCACAGCUGUGUUGCCAACCAAUUUCCGUCAGGACUUCCCCUUUGACCUCCAGGAGCUUCCAGCCUUCGCUAUCCUUGGUAUUGCCAGUGGUCUUGGCGGGGCAUUGUUUGUCUGCCUGAACAGACAGAUAGUCCAGUUAAUCAGGAACCAGAAGACCAUCAAAAAGUUCCUCAUGAAGAAGCGUCUGCUGUACCCAGCCCUGGUCACUCUGCUUGUGUCUACGCUAACGUUUCCCCCCGGCUUCGGACAGUUCAUGGCAGCCAAGCUGACCCAGAUGGAGUCCCUGGAGACAUUGUUAGACAACCAGACGUGGUCCAAGCAGGGCAUACCCGAGGAGUUUGACAGCGACAGCAACUCUCAGGCCUGGAAACAACCCCAGGUCAACGUCUUCGUCACCCUCACCCUCUUUGUCGUCAUGAAGUUCUGGAUGUCUGCUCUGGCCAUGACCAUGCCUGUGCCCUGUGGAGCCUUCAUGCCUGUCUUCGUCAUUGGGGCAGCGUUUGGCCGUCUGGUCGGGGAGAGCAUGGCCACCUGGUUCCCUGAUGGCGUCCACUCUGAUGGCACCAUCUACCCCAUAGAGCCAGGAGUGUACGCAGCCGUAGGUGCGGCGGCCCUGUCUGGAGCAGUCACUCACACAGUGUCGACGGCAGUUGUUGUGUUUGAGCUGACAGGUCAGAUCAGCCACAUCCUGCCGGUGAUGAUAGCGGUGAUACUGGCCAACGCCGUGGCCCAGUCCCUCCAGCCCUCGCUAUAUGACUCCCUCAUCAUGAUCAAGAAACUACCUUACCUCCCUGAGCUGGGAUGGGGACACCACGAGAAGUAUAACAUUUGUGUGGAGGACAUCAUGAUCAGUGAUGUGAUGUACAUCACCCUCAACUGCUGCUACAGAGACCUGCAUGAUGUACUGCUGUCCGGACACCUCAAGACCCUAGCCCUGCUCGAGUCCAGUGAGUCGAUGAUCCUGCUGGGUUCUAUUGAGCGUGCCCAGCUCCAGGCCCUCCUGUCCCUACAGCUGGGCCGGCCACGGAGGCUGAAGUACCUGAGAGACCGGGCCACAGCUGAUAAGCGCCUGUCGGUGGUCUCCCACCCAAGCAGCGAGGACCGCUCCACCAUGGUCAACCAGGAGGUCCACUUCCAGAUCUCCACAGAGGAGUCUUCCCUCAGUUCCACUCCUACCCCCUCCAUGAAGCCACUGAAGCCGGCCCUGAAGAGACCCUCUGUGGUGGACCGCCCUACUGAGAUACCCAUGCCUACAAGUCCACAGGACCACUCUGGCAGCACCUUGAAGAACCUCUUCCGUGCCAGACCUGAUAUAGAAGGCCUGGAGAACAACAAUGUCAACAUCAACAUAAAGGGCACUGCAUCGAGCUCUGCGUCUCCUGAGUUUAGGAGGCCACCCAAGCGCAUCAGGAUAUUCGUUGUGGAUGACUUCGAUGUGGAUGAUGACAUGACCAUCAGAGAGAUUGCAGAGUGGGAGGAGAACCAGCUUGACGAGCAGGUGAACUUCGACAACUGCAUGAUCGACCCCGCCCCCAUCCAACUGGUGGAGAGCACCUCACUACAUAAGACCCACACCAUCUUCUCUCUGCUGGGGUUGGACCAUGCCUACGUCACCAGCAUUGGACGACUCAUCGGAGUGGUGUCCCUCAAAGAGCUGCAGAAGGCCAUCGAGGGCUCUGUGGCAGUGAAGGGGGUGAAUGUGCGCCCCCCUCUGGCCAGUUUCCGGGACAGCGGCACCAGUGGCACCAUUAUGAACAACGAGAACAAAGCCAGAGAUCUCCACAAGCUGUGGAACCGCCGAAAGUUGAUGUCCCUCCCCCAGGAGCACCGAGCCUCCGACUCUGACGAGAAGUCCAAGUGAGGUGGACGGGGAUAGGUUGACGGGGA